CAAACAGCAAUUUUUGCUAUGUGUGAAACACCCAUGUGUUGUUCUGAAUUGACAUUCUUACCAUAAUCGAAAUUUUGUUAUCGGCUAUUAUGAGUGUGGGAUUUCUGGGAGCGAAUAUUUGUAAACAUUUGUUUUCGCGAAGAAGUUUAAACAUGGUCAUAAAAGCGGCCCUGAUUGAUUUAAGUGGCACCCUACAUAUAGAAAAUGAGCCGACUCCGGAUGCUGUAAACGCAUUAAAAAGGUUGCGCGAUACGGAUAUUCAGAUAAAAUUUGUAACUAAUACUACAAAGGAAUCUAGAAAAACACUUCAUGAGCGAUUACGGAAAAUUGGAUUUGAAUUGGAAGCACAUGAAAUUUUUAGUUCAUUAAGUGCUGCUGCGAAUUACGUUGAGAAGGAGAAACUUAACCCACUGUACUUGUUAAGUGAAGACGCGAAAUCAGAUUUUCGUGCCUCAGAUCCUAAUCUUGAACUGGAUUCAGUGGUAGUUGGAUUAGCUCCAAGUGAAUUCUACUAUGAAAAUUUGAAUAAAGCGUUUAAUUUACUUAUGACCAACAAGAAUAACCGACUUGUAGCCAUACACCAAGGUAAAUACUACAAAAGAGCCGAUGGUCUAGCCUUAGGUCCAGGAGCGUUUGUUAAAGGGCUGGAAUAUGCAGCGGCAGUAAAUUCUGUACUUAUAGGAAAACCCAAUGAAUAUUUUUUUAAAAGUGCCAUUCCUGAGGGUAUAUGUCCGGAAGAAUGUGUUAUGAUUGGAGAUGAUCAGAUUGACGACAUUGCUGGUGCAAUGAAGAUAGGACUUAAAGGAAUUCAAGUAAAAACAGGAAAAUAUUUACCAAACAUUACAGUUCCUGAUCAACCAACAGUCAUAGUAGAAAACUUUUCAAAAGCAGUGGACUGGAUAAUAAAAACUAAUUUAAAAUAAACUAAAAAUGCAAACAA